CUACUGCUGUCAUCGCCGUCGCCGUCGACUUUAGCGCGUUUCUGCACCUGUUGGCUGUUGACGAUCCGAUCCGCCGGCUAAAGAUGUUCCAAAAGCCGCUCCUGGAUUCACCCGGCUGGAUCCUCGGCAGGAAGAAAGAACUCGCAGUCGACCAGUGCUUAUGAGAAGACUGUUCCUUUUUCGUCAAUUUAAAUAGUUUUUCAUUCUUGCUCAAGAUAGUUAGGCCAUAGUUCGGCUCAUUCUUCCAUUAGUAGUGUAAGUUGACGCAUUAUUAUGGAUCGUGCAGGAACAUCUAUACUCUAUAGCAACAAAACCAACAGUAAUCUUCCAAAGUUCCCUUCGGGGGCUAAGUUUUUUUUGAUCGACGGUGAUGAUCAGUAGCCGCCAUCAUGACGAUGUGGCAAAGUGGGAUGGGGGGCCACGGGGGCAAAAACAACGCUUGGAUGAAGCUGAUGGGCAUCGUGCACAAAGAGCGCCGUCAUCACGACACCGGACCAGCUUCCACCGAUAGAACAUUGAGCCAGUCGCUGCCCAAGCUCAGCAGCCAGGAAGAGGACGGGCACACCCCCCACACUCAAUUCACUGGUGUUGCCCAUUUCGAACCCAUCCCGCAUGAUCACGACUUUUGCGAGAGGGUUGUGAUAAAUGUCAGCGGCCUCCGAUUCGAGACGCAGUUAAGGACACUCAACCAGUUCCCGGACACUUUAUUAGGUGAUCCGGCGCGUCGCAUCCGCUACUUCGAUCCUCUUCGCAAUGAAUACUUCUUCGACAGAAAUCGCCCCUCCUUCGACGCCAUCCUUUAUUACUACCAAAGCGGCGGCCGAUUGCGACGGCCCGUCAACGUGCCGCUCGACGUCUUUUCCGAAGAAAUCAAAUUCUACGAAUUGGGCGAACUGGCCAUCAACAAAUUCCGGGAAGAUGAAGGGUUCAUUAAAGAAGAGGAGAAGCCUUUACCGUCUCACGAAUUUCAGCGGAACGUGUGGCUGUUGUUCGAAUAUCCAGAAUCGUCGCAAGCGGCGCGCGUGGUCGCUAUCAUAUCAGUUUUCGUUAUUUUAUUGUCGAUCGUUAUAUUCUGCUUGGAGACUUUGCCGGAAUUCAAGCAUUACAAAGUGUUCAAUACCACGACUAACGGUACGAAGAUAGAAGAGGACGAAGUGCCCGACAUCACGGACCCAUUCUUCCUCAUCGAAACUAUCUGCAUUAUAUGGUUUACGUUCGAAUUAUCCGUGCGCUUCCUUGCGUGUCCGAACAAAUUGCAUUUUUUUCGAGACGUUAUGAACUUUAUCGAUAUUAUCGCCAUCAUUCCGUAUUUUAUUACAUUGGCCACCGUUGUGGCGGAAGAAGAAGAUACUUUGAAUCUGCCGCGUGCGCCCGUCAGUCCUCAGGACAAGAGCACCAAUCAGGCCAUGUCGCUGGCCAUUCUUCGCGUCAUUCGGCUUGUGCGAGUCUUCCGAAUCUUCAAACUCAGCCGGCACAGCAAAGGACUGCAAAUUCUUGGACGAACGCUGAAGGCCAGCAUGCGCGAAUUAGGCUUGCUCAUAUUCUUUUUGUUUAUAGGCGUCGUCCUGUUCAGCAGCAUCGUAUACUUCGCCGAAGCGGGCGCCGAACAAUCGUUCUUCAAGUCGAUACCGGACGCCUUCUGGUGGGCCGUCGUCACGAUGACGACCGUCGGUGUCGUGCUGUUCUCUAGUGCUGUCUACUUCGCGGAAGCCGGUUCAGAAAAUUCCUUCUUCAAGUCUAUCCCAGACGCGUUCUGGUGGGCAGUGGUCACCAUGACGACCGUGGGCUACGGCGACAUGACGCCGGUCGGAGUCUGGGGGAAGAUCGUUGGGUCGCUUUGCGCGAUCGCUGGUGUCCUGACCAUUGCGUUACCAGUGCCUGUCAUAGUGUCAAAUUUCAAUUAUUUCUACCAUCGUGAAACAGAUCAGGAGGAGAUGCAAUCGCAGAACUUCAACCACGUGACCAGCUGUCCGUAUUUGCCCGGCACGCUGGGCCAGCACAUGAAGAAGAGCUCGCUGAGCGAGUCGUCGAGCGACUUGGUCGAAUUGGAAGAGGGACUGAUGGUCACGCGCGACCAAUUGUCGCAAAAACAGAACUGCAACCCGCGCCACAACAACAACAUCAACGCCAUGAGCAUCGAGACUGAUGUUUGACUACGAGUGACGGAUGCGCUGCGCCUUCAAUCGCUGAACAACUUUCCCUGCCACGCCAACAAUUGUUAUCCCCUAAGCGAUAUCCGGCACUGCCCUUCGCCUUGCCACCCACCGUUAUCUUCUGCAUCAGAAGCAGUCACGAGGAGGACACCAACAUCGGGUACGACGGCAUCGUCGAAAAGGAAACGAAGGAAGCGGAAUAGCAGAAGAAGAAGAAGAAGGAGAAGAAGGAGGAAAAGAACGAACGUGCUACCGAUAUGCGGCGCCGUUUGCCGCGAGUGCGUGUGCGCAGUGAUCCGUACAAUUUUCGAACUGUUACAUCAAAUUCCUAGGACCUUUACUCGGUACUUUUGUACAACCAUUACGAUUGUUUUUGGGUGAGAUAUCCUGCCAAAAAAUAUUACAUAAUUACAUAAUAAAUACCUAUAGAUAAUAAAUAAAUUUUAAUGAUAACGAUUGAGUAACAACACCAUUGGCUGUUGGCGGCUUUUAUGCUCGGAUAUAGAGCGCUAUCUCUAAUUACCUUAUAUUUCUUUAUUAUACGCACUAAUAAUUCCCUUUUUUUAUCUAAACCCUUAACAAUAAACGAUUUAAAUACAAUACAAUAUUAAUUCUAAAUUAGAAAAUUAACAAAAUAUGACUAGUACUUAGAGAUAUUAUAAACUAUAUCCGAUCAAUGUACCCGCUAGACGGCGCCGCGAUGAAAGCUGUGUAGUGCUCACACCGAACUUUUCAUUAGUUACCGGCACUGUUUUAAGUGCUUGUAUUUUUGGGCUGUGUGAAGCUUCAUACCUAGGGUUGGAUUAGCUUUAGCCCUUGUUACAUAUCCACCCGCGUAGACGAAACGGCCGGGCGAGUGCCGAGCAGAGCGAUCGGCUCCGCUUAUUCUCUAGUCUGCCUCGUAAAUAAAAUUAUGUUCGGCAUUUUUUGAAGACAUAUCGUUAUUGUAAAUACGUCUCUGUUAAAUUGUUAACCGAUAAAUAUGAGAUUUAUGUGUGAAUGGAUGUAGAAAUGAUGGUUAAAUUAAGUGAUAGGGAAAGGAAGGAAAUGUUAUAAAUAUUGUUCCAUUUAUUGUUUGUUAAUUUUUAAUGGAAGCUUCCUUCACCUUUGCAAGAUUAUAUGAUGAAAUUAUUUUUACUACGUUUCCAUGUUUUUCCAUAAAUAUUCCUUAUUUUGUUGAUUUGAUACCAACUGGUUUU